GAGCGUGCGCCGUCGGCUGCGCGCCUUUUCGCCGGAGCUGGGCGCGCUCGACACGUCCGAGUGCCUGCAGAAGGAGCUGUGCGACGCGCUGCGCCAGGUGGAGGCGUCGCCGUUCCGCGACAGCUUCCUGCUCUACUACGCCAUGCUCUCCCCGGACGUGGCAGAGAACCCGUGGAUGCAGCAGGCGCUCACCGCAGCCAGGAAACGCAGCUGUCGGCUCUUCUACUGCAAGCCGACCGACUCCGCCAGCCCGUCCCACGCCGACCUGGAGAGCCCGCUCCAGCCACACACGAACAGCUCGCGAUACCUGGACGCCAGCAGGGAACACCGGCUGCGCGCCGCGCGAGACGAAGACAACUCGCCUCAGCUCGACGCGAAGCGCUCACUCCACACCGGCACGAACAGCUCACUGCCUGCCGAAGCGGCAUCCAACCCUCCUCUCGGAACAUAGGACGCGAUAUGCCCUAGUGGUUAUAAACGCUCUGAGCAAGGGUCAAACAUGAGGGCAAGGACCUCCAAGGGGUCGCUGGCCGAUGGCCAGCCGCAGAGUCUGGCUGGUGUGCGUCUGAAUGAGCUGCGCUCAGAUUCCCUCUGCAUGCCAUGUCAUGCU